AUGGCGAUGGCAUCUGCGGAUUCCCAGCCGCGUUUCGGGCAGUCUGUCAAAGGUCUGCUGUCCGACAAAGUGGCAUCAUGCAGCGGUGACGUGAUGGCUCUGACCCGGCAGGUGCUCAAAGGCUCCCGCAGCCAAGAGCUCCUGGGACAAGCUGCACGGAAUAUGGUGAUUCAAGAGGAUGCUAUUCUGCACUCUGAGGACAGCCUAAGAAAAAUGUCUAUCAUAACCACACACCUACAAUACCAGCAAGAGGCCAUCCAGAAAAAUGUGGAGCACUCCAAAAACCUGCAGGACCAGCUCCGACACCUGUUGAAGUGA